AAACAAAUAUGUUGAAGUUAGAUGAGCAAUGCAAUGGCCCGUCACUGGCGGGUCCAAGUCUCUCCCACCACCCACUUCAGGAUUAGCGAAAGAGCGUAUAAUGCACUCGCUCUUGUCACUUAACGGGACCGUCACCACGCGUGACGGCAGAUACCAGACCAACUCACGGAAGGCACGCUCCGUCAAACCCUCUCACACACACCUUCCCUCCACGCCCCACUCUCUUUCCCUAACGUCCCCGACGACGCCGUAACGCCAUCACCUUAUGGCCUCUUGCGACGACGACGACGAUUUCUCACUUCUCCGUGACGACAACCACCCCCUCCACCACCAACCUUACGCGCCUCACCACCACUUCUCCCCCUCCGCCGUCGCCGUCGCCUCCGUCCCGCCGAAACCCGUCGCUAACGACGCCGAAGACUACGGAAAUCCUUUCGACGACGACGGCGGGAGCGAGAAGAGGAAGGAGUGCGAGGAGAUCGGCGACGGAACGACGUCGUACGGCUUCAACAAGAGAUCGAAGGCGCCUCCGAGCAGUACCGCUGGCGCUGAGUACCGGAAGGACAGGGAAGAGUGGAGCGACACGGCGAUUGUGUGCCUCCUCGAAGCUUACACGGAGAAGUUCACACAGCUGAAUCGGGGGAACCUGAGGGGAAGGGAUUGGGAAGAUGUUGCGGCGGUGGUGAGCGAGCGAUGCGAGAACCAAUCGAAAAGCGUAGAGCAGUGUAAGAACAAGGUGGAUAACCUGAAGAAGAGGUACAAAUUAGAGAGACAUAGGAUGAGUAGUGGCUGCAUUUCCACCAGUCCCUGGCCUUGGUUCAAGCAACUGGAACAAAUCGUGGGAAAUUCUUUGCCGGCGAAGUUCGCCGAUGAGGAUAAAGCGGUUGUUUCAGCCGGAACUUCACCCAGGCAAUCGAAGAGAUAUGGAGUGGCAACACCCAGCAGUGGAGGUCAAGCAAAUAACAUGAAGUCCAAAGCAUUGUCAAACCUUAGAUGGCGGAGGGUAGUCCUCAAGAUUAGUGGAGCGGCACUUACUGCAUCUGAUACCUGCAAUAUUGACCCUAAGGUGGCCAUGUUAGUUUCAAGAGAAGUUGCCAAAGCUUCCCGCCUUGGUGUGGAGGUGGCAAUUGUUGUUGGAGGUCGCAAUUUCUUCUGUGGAGAUGCAUGGGUAACUGCAACAGGUUUAGAAAGAUGUACUGCAUACCAAGUUGGUAUGAUGGCAACUGUGAUGAAUUCAAUAUUGCUCCAAUCAACUCUAGAGAAGAUGGGUGUCCAGACUCGCGUACAAACCUCAGUUGCCAUGCAGGAGUUUGCUGAACCAUACAAUAGGCAGCGGGCCAUCAGACAUCUCGAGAAAGGAAGAGUUGUUAUAUUUGGUGGCAUUGGUUUUGGCACUGGCAAUCCACUUUUCUCCACUGACAUAGCUGCAGCUCUUCGUGCUUCAGAGCUUAAUGCUGAGGCAGUCCUCAAGGGUACUAACGUAGAUGGUGUAUAUGACCGCAACUCACGAGAUAACAAUUUCACUUUUGAACAUAUAUCCUUCAGGGAGCUGGGGUCAAGAGGCGUCACUGCUAUGGAUGUGUCAGCACUGACAUUCUGUGAGGAAAAUGCUAUUCCUGUGGUGGUUUUUAAUCUACUGGAGCCUGGGAACAUCUCAAAAGCUCUGUGUGGAGAACAAGUUGGCACUCUAAUUGACCAAACUGGAGCAAUAAGCUAACAGCUAAUUCAACCAAUUCAAUUAUUAUUAGACAAACUGAAGCCAUUAGGCUGAGUGGGAUACCUACCCCACUGAGAUGCUCGGUGAAGAAAAUAUCAAAUCUGGACAUAUGCAGUUAUGUGGCGAAGUUAGUGGACAUUGUACUGCGGAGCUGAAAUCACAAUUUCCCUUUCACUAUGUUUUUAGGUGGAGGUUGUACUUCUAAUAUCUUCUGUAAACAGAAAAAGAAAAGAAUGCUUAUGUAUAUUAUUCCAGAUGAAUUGUAGCGUAGUAUUGUAUUAGCGUUAACCAUCCUUGGUAAGUAAAUGCAAACAGAUACGGAAUAAACUUCACUUAUUAUUG